UGGGAUUCGUCCCAUUCUGAAAAUGCCUCAACAGCGAACAGCAGAGGUAACUGGAAUCAAAUGUCAGGGCCAGUACAGCCUUAGAGAGACUUGAAACUCAGACUCCACAACCUGUGGGGAAAGUUUCUUGCCAGACGAUGGAAUAAAGGCAACAAAUGGAAAAUGACAGCAAGACUUCUAAGAGCAACUGUUGCUUUGCUCUUCCUUGGUCUCACUGGGGUCUCAGAGGCGACAACAAUAUCGUGCAGAAAUGAAGAAGGAGAAGCUGUGGAUUGGUUUACCUUUUACAAGUUACCUAAGCAGCAAGACAAGGAAAGUAGGGAGACUGGGUUAGAGUACCUAUACCUGGACUCCACAACCAGAAGCUGGAGGCGGGGUAAACAACUCAUGAAUUCCACCAAGAGUGUUUUGGGAAGGACAUUACAACAGCUCUAUGAAGCAGAUGCCUCCAGGAAUAACAAGACAGCAUAUCUGAUAUACAAUGACGGAGCCCCUAAAUCUGCGAAUUACAACAGGAAGCAUGGACACACCAAAGGUAUACUGUUAUGGAACAGAGUCCAGGGGUUCUGGCUGAUUCAUUCUAUUCCCCGGUUUCCUCCAAUUCCUGAAGAAGGCUAUGAUUAUCCACCCACUGGGAGACGAAAUGGACAGACUGGCAUUUGCAUAACUUUCAAGUACAACCAGUAUGAAACAAUAGAUUCUCAGCUCUUGAUCUGCAACCCAAAUGUGUAUAGCUGUUCCAUCCCGGCCACCUUUCACCAGGAGCUCAUUCACAUGUCCCAGCUGUGCACCAGAUCCAGCUCAGCAGAGAUCCCUGGCAGGCACCUCACUACACUUCAGUCAGCGCAGGGACAAAACUUCCUCCAUUUUGCAAAGUCUGAUUCUUUUCUUGAGGACAUCUUUUCAGCCUGGAUUGCUCAACAGUUGAAGACACACUUGUUAACAGAAACCUGGCAGCGAAAGAAACAAGAGCUUCCUUCAAACUGCUCUCUUCCUUACCAUGUGUACAAUGUCAAAGCAAUUAAGAUAUCCAGGAAGUCUUAUUUCAGUUCUUACCAGGAUCAUGCCAAAUGGUGUAUUUCCAAAAAGGGCACCAAAAAUCGCUGGACAUGUAUUGGAGACCUAAAUCGGAGCCCAUACCAAGCCUUCAGAAGUGGAGGAUUCAUUUGUACCCAGAAUCAGAAUAUUUACCAAGCAUUUCAAGGAUUAGUUUUAUAUUAUGAGAACUGUAACUAAAAUUGGUGAAAGGACAUAUGUACCAUCAUUUUCAACAUUGAUAAUGGGACUUCUUCUAUUAGAUCCAUUUUUGAGACAUUAAAAGCCUGUGAAUGUACUUAUAGUCCACACAUCAUCAAAUAAAAUACUUUUCUCCAUGUUUACCA